UGCUGCAUCUGACUUGACAAGGUAGACUCCGGGCGUGGACGCAGACUGACUGUAGAUCGCCGGCUUUGAAGUCUGGGUGGUACAUCCUUGACUGUGACCCCACUCUCGAGCUGAUGCAAUGGCUUUAGAAAUCACUUCCUCCACUUUGAUGAUCCUGUUGUUGAAUACGAGUUGAUUUCUUGCUACCCACAGUUGCCAUGCGAUCCAUGGAGCCAAACAGCCCAACACCACUCCCGUGGGAGGGAACACUGGGGCAGAGUUCUAUACCUGUUGAGCAAACCCACAAUGAAGGAACAGAUGAUCUAUAGAUUCAGUGUAAAUCUAGCGGUAAAACUUUAAUUGUAGUCGCCGAGGGUGUUGUAGACAACGGUCACGCCUAGAGACCCGCAUCGAAACGUUAUACGCUUCCACGCGCCGAUGUCGGAGACACGUUGGAAUCGAUCUAGCAAUGAACGAAGCGACAACUCCGAGAUGCAACACAGAAGAGUUGUAAUAGAGAACAGUCAUGGUGAGAAAGUCGUGGGAGUUUUGCAUGAUACCGGCUCAACGGAGACUGUUGUCAUUUGCCAUGGCUUUCGGUCCUCAAAGGAUCGGAUUCCCAUGCGGACUAUUGCCAAUGUCUUUGAAAGAGCCAUGAUCAGUUCUUUCCGGUUUGAUUUCGCUGGCAACGGGGAAAGCCAAGGAUCAUUUGAGUAUGGUAACUAUCGCCGUGAAGCUGAAGAUCUUCGCUCCGUUCUUCAACACUUGCGUGGGGAGAACCGUGAAAUUUCUGCUAUCAUCGGACAUAGCAAAGGUGGGAGUGUGGUACUUCUGUAUGCAGCAAAGUACAAGGAUGUGAAGACUGUUGUGAAUAUCUCUGGACGGUUUUAUCUUGAAAGAGGAAUAGAAAUGCGGCUUGGUAAGGACUACUUGAAGAGAAUCAAGGAGAAUGGGUUCAUCGAUGUUAGGAACAGAAACGGAAAGUUUGAAUACCGAGUUACUGAAGAGAGUCUAAUGGACCGUAUCACAACCAAUACUCAUGAAGCAUGUCUCUCAAUUCAUGAAAACUGCAGGGUGCUAACAGUUCAUGGAUCAAACGAUAUGAUAGUGCAUGUAACAGAAGCAUCAGAAUUCGCCAAAUACAUAAAGAAUCAUAAACUGUGUCUUAUUGAAGGAGCUGAUCAUGAGUUCACUUCUCACCAGCAUCAGCUUGCUUCUACUGUUUUAUCAUUCUUCAAACUGGAUCUCAAGAAAGCUGAUGAUGAUGUCAGUACAAGUAACCGAGACCACAUAAGAUCAGCGCUUAUGAUCAAGUCGCGAAUUUAAAUAGCUUCGUUCAAUACAGGCUGCCAAGAUUAACGUUUAGGGUGGUCUGGUUUAAGCACAUCAAAAGUUCUUUUGAUUGAUAAAGUUUUUUCAUGGCAGUUAACUAUGCACACUCAGGUUGUCUUUUAAGGGAUAAUUCAAUUUAUACAAUAAGCCAACCAUCGAUUCUUUGAUCUGGAUGUGGAAUAAAGAAAUCAGUCCUCAUUUCAAAGCACAUUUUAAAUGUCAUAAACAGAGAUGCUUGGAGAAACCUGACAGGGAUUAUCACAACCGAAGAAAGAAAAUAGUAUAUGAUAAUUCAACUAUACGUUACGUUGCAAGUUAUUAUCUCGUAGCGUUUCCACCAAACACAUGAACCUGCCAUGCCA